CUUCUCCCACCCACGUGGCGUUUCUUUCUCUCACUCGGAUUCGUCCAGAACCGAAAAGGCAAAGCAUUGCAUUUUCUGAAUUCCAUUUGUUUCCCUAACAGUUUCUAGCAGAUUCUUGUGUAAAAUCCAAAUGCACUCAUCUCAGGACAGGGCAUAAUGAACAGUGCCUUUUAAUGGUAUUUGCCACGCUAUUCUGCUUAAAUGAAACACAAGAGCAGGAAUACAGCUAGUGGACUAUUGGAUGUACUUGUAGUAAUAUAUUGACUUUCCAUGAAGAUGACAACACUAUCUCUAGCAUCCGGAAACGUUGUAAACAAAGAUUGCUGCUUGGAAUUUCCUCGUCUGUAUUUUGCGGAAGGUCCUUUGGCUGGUAAACUCCUUAGAAGUUCAUAUAGAAGAGGGUAUGGGUUUUGGUUGGAUGAUCCAAAAUUUCCCCGGUUUAAGAGUAGGAACAAAUUUUGUGUCAAUGCAAAAGUUAGAAAGUGGAGGAAGCGUGAUUAUCCUUGGCCAGAUGAUAUUCUUUUCUUACAAUAUUUGUAGCUCCUAUAAUAGAUGUUUCUUGCACCUGUUUCUCUUUUCAGUCCUGAAGCCUGUGCUGCAAUAUUGUGGAAAUCCUCCCAAAAAACUCCCAAGGUAAUUUAAUCGAAUUGAUGAUUGGACGUAUUUGACAACGAGACCAACUUUGUCUAACCCACGAAGUUUCUACGCGUGUAGGCUGCAGAGAAAUUGAGGAUCACAGCUCAAGAACAUUAUAAGCUUAAAAUUGCGGAUGGUAUCAUCCCUGUAAGCUCUAUGUCCUUUUUUCUUUUGUCGCUUUAUGAAACAAGUAAAGCAAGAGAGAUGGGAGAGUAAGAGUUGCAGAUCGAUUGCAAUUAGACAAUUGAUAGUUGAUAAAUGGAAGAAAACAUGGCCAGGUAUAACAGUUCUUUGUCGGUGUAUCACUCUAUUAAGAUGUGUUACAGCUUCUUUUGGCUUAUCUAACUGUUUCAACUCAACCUUCAUUCCCUUGAGAGAGAUGAAACUUCAAGAAAUAGUGCAUCCUAUAUAAUUGCUGGGCUAAUUAAUAAAACUUCAAGAAAUAGGAUACUUGGGACAAUAUCAUCUCUAAUGGGGCCCCAAUUGACAAAGAACUCAUAGAAGAACUCGAAGGAGUCAAAGCAGAGCUUGUCAAUAUCUUAAAGACAGCAAAUUUAGAAGUCAUUGGAGUGGUGAAAAAGAGUGCAGCCGCCCCAACAGAGGAGGUGAAAGAGAAGGUGCAGCGCCUGAAAGAGGAGAUCAAUGGAGAGAUUCAGAAGGCCAUAGAAGUGGAAGGGAUUGGCGAGAAAAUUGAGGAAUUAAAAGCAAAAAUGGCGAAUGUGUUGGAUCUGAAAGAGGUUAAGAGGGUGGAAGCUGAAAUAAAGGAGAAGAUUGUUGAAGCUUUAGAGGCAUCUGGGUUGAAAGAGAAAGUGGAGACUCUGAAAAUGGAGGUGGCAUCGUCCAUGGCGGCUGGUGCAGAAGGUAUGGUUGGUGUAAGAUAAUGGCAGGUUUUAGAUAAAUGCAUAAUAUAAUGGUCUUUACAUAUUGAGAGCGUGGGAAAGAUCAAUUAUUGAGGCUUUAUUUCUCUUUGUAAUAGAAUGUCUUUUCAGCUAAGAGACGAGGUUGUAAAUUGUAAUGUUGAUUAGAUUAACGUUUUCAAUAAUAUUGAUGAACAUUUUAAAUAUUACAACUUAACUAAGUGGUAAUUAGUAUAACAAACGAUAAGAUAAAUAGUCUAACAUCCAAGCAAAAACGUGGGGAGCUUGAUCGUUGCUUGAAAAACCAUGAAGUAUAUAUGCUUUGGAUUGGGAUUUUAGAGAUGUCGAAGAUUAAACAAGAAGUAAUAGUGUGGAGUAAGUAACAAUUAGAGUGUCGAGAUUAAACUUUUAACUUCUUUAGAAGGUCAUGCCAAUAUCGAAAACAAUUAACUGUGAAUAAGUAAGAAGAAUUAAUUAGAGAGUGGUUAGUGGAUGAUUGUAUUGUAUUAAAAACUAUGUUUAAGUUGAAUUAAGAUAAAUAAGAACUUGAGAAGAAAGAGAGAUUAGGAUGUUGGGAAGAUCAGCGUAAAUAAAGAAUAUGGAAACCCAACGAGCUUCGAGAGUCGAGAGAAUUCGAAAGAGUUCUUCGUCUCUCGUCUUUUAAAUUCUCCUCUCUCACCCACAGUCUCUCGUUCUUUGCAUCACAUUAUCAUUCUUCACAAUGGCUUUGAGAAGAUUGGAUGACUUCCCCAUGCAUAGAUUUACUGAACGUCCAAUGUGCAACACUGACUCAACACCCACAGUUCGAGAUCUUCCUACUGGAUAUGUAUAAGACCCCUUGCGACGAUUCAGGCACUGUGCAAAUUGGCUACACAGCCUUGACAUGGUGCAACAUCCAUGGACUUAGCCAUGCGGAGAUCUGUGCUAAUUACCUCACAGCGUUAUCUUCUCUGUUCCGUUCUCUUUUUUAUGUAGGGAAACACUGUAAUGAAGUUCGUUGGAUAUGAAAAAUCGAACCGGGUUUUCAGAAAUGGUAUCUACCGGAAAUCCUGUAAUGCCUUGGAUUGAAAACCAUCGCUUCUUGGCUCUCAUAGCUCAAGCUAUCCUUAAUCUUUUUUAGGAUAUAAACGAUAGAGUGACUUACGAAGACUCAAUGAGAAACAGAGCCAUUGGAUUGAAAGCAGCGGUGGGUUACGUUGGAAAUCUGGGACCGACUGAUGAUUUUUGUGUGGAGUUUAACGCUGCUUUCAUAAUUAAACGAAUGCUUGGAAGUUCUGUAUCGCUAAGAGCAAGUGUGAUGAUGGAGUUGAUCAGAAACAGAAAUGCUCGAGGCCCUGUUGGAGCAGUUUGUAGCCAUGUUUGUGAAAUCUUGAACUGGGCAGAAAUGGAUGAUAUGGUUUGUAUUUACGAUACUCUUGUAUUACCAAAAUCUCAUGUUCUUAAGGAUUGUAGAGUUCUUGCAGAAGUUGGAAAUAUUGCCGAGGCUUAUGGUGUGAUCACACAAACUAAUUAUCCUCGGCAUUUCAAAAUCCUUUGUCCAACAACUGUCACAAACGUUAUGAACAAAAACAGAUUUCCGAUUCUGCUUGCUGUUGCUCAAAUUUGUAAGUCUGAUAGCCAUGGAACUGAGCGUUCAGCAUCUUCUCAAACGCCGCUGGUUGAUGAACUCGUUGCGAUUCACCAUCACAACAACCUUAGACAUCAGGGGAGCCAUAGAUUGAAAGUGUGAGAGAAUUAAUUUAUUAUUUUUGUUGAAGAUGAUGCAUGUAUAUAUCGCGAAUGUUUUGGUUCUGUUUACUAUAUUUGAAAGUUUACGAAGGUUGAACUCGAGAGGAUUAAAACUUAGUUCAAAUUGAUGAAAUCAUGCCUAUAGAUGUACAUUGAUUUUUAGACAAAACAUGAUGAUUAUGAUUUAUGGGGUUUUCUUAUA